GUGGUUGUAAGCAUGCCAUCGCUUUCCUUAUGUGGGUACAUCGCAGAAGUGAAGAGCCAGAACCAACAGCAACUGUAUGUUACUGGAAAAAACCUCGGUUAGCUAAAGUCUCAGAUAACGUUAAAAAUAUAAAAGUGAAAGAUAUGGUGAAAGUAAAAUGCCCGACAGAUAAUAAAAGUAACUACGAUCCAGAUGAUUUUUAUAACUCAUUGUUAGUAGAAUUCCAGUCACAUCAAUUUGAUUGUCAACUAUCCAGACAUUGCAUCGAUCUAAAAGUUAAACAUCCAUUAUCGCUGCAUGAAAUGUUGAUAACAUUUUAUACUUCCAAUAAUUUUACACCUGAUGCGGAUAGUUUUUUAACGUUUGCUUCUAGUAUCAUGACUUUAGAUCUAUGUGAUAAAGUUGCUAUAGACACGAACAAUCAAAGUGAAUGUAAACUUUGGAAUGAGUUAAGAUAUAGUAGACUCACCGCUUCUCGACUCCACGAAAUGGCACAUUGCAACGUGUCCAAUGGUAGUCUUGUUAAUCAAGUGUAA